ACGCCGCUGGAUCCUCUCCCCUUCUCUUCGCCAACAGCUCUGUUAAACCCACAUACUAAUAAAUAAUAAUUGAUAUUUCAUUUGAUUGAUUUUGAUUUUGGGUUUUUGGGAUGCGAUUGCUGAGGAGGAUCGCUGGGUUUCUAGGGUUUGCUAAAGACGAUACCGACGACGUGAAAGAUCAAGACGACGAUACCGAUAACGGUUCCCAUGCUCAUAUUCAGCGCGAUUUCCAGGAAACUGGGCUUCCACGUAACGGCUUCAGCGUCAAGGUUCAAGUCGCUGUCGACCGCCCCCAGUUAGCCCCACUUCUGCUUCCCUCUACAUCCGGCGACGGUGGCGUCCAGGGUCUUAGAUGGUAUGCAAAGUGUCUAAGAAUAGACGAGGAUGGAGAUGUGGCAGAUGAGUUCCUUGAUGAGGUUUUACCAGAGAUGACACACAAUGUAGAUGAACAGCAUAAGCCUCAUCCUCGGUUUGAAUUGAAGUACAGAAUCAAACCAGUUAAAGUAAAGAACCAGGUCCUUUCUGUUGAUGGGAAAAUUCAACAAUGCAUUGAGCACCAAGGCAGAUUGCAGUGGGUCUAAGGGUCCCUUUACGAGAAAACUUGUGGACGUAGAGCUGGUUUGUGGUUUGUUUUUCAUUACAGCCUAUGCCUAUCACAUGAAUGUAUUGUGUGUACUUAUAUUUUAUAGAACAGAAAUAAACUUAAGAUUUGUUAGUUCAUGUCUCAUUACCAGUAUUCAUGCUAAUGAUUUUUUUCCCCCUUUC